AUGGUCCAUCCCCAACCCCUACGUGCGGCUCUCAUUGGCCUAUCCUCCUCUGCAAAGACAUCAUGGGCUGCGAAUGCGCAUCUUCCCGCUCUUCUCACUUCAACUGGUCGCUCAAAGAUCACCAUCAGCGCUCUUUUGAACAGUAGCGUCGAUGCCGCGAAGUCCGCCAUUCAAACCUAUAAGCUGCCGGCUCAAACUAAAGCGUAUGGCACGCCAAAAGACCUCGCAGAUGAUCCAGACAUCGACCUCGUGAUCUGCAAUACUCGUGUCGAUAAACAUUACGAGACCAUUAUCCCCAGUAUACGCGCAGGCAAAGAUGUCUAUGUUGAAUGGCCAAUCGCUGCGAGGAGAGAACAUAUCGAAGAGAUAGUCGAAGCGGCGAAAUCGAGUGGUUCGAGGGUCGCGGUGGGCCUGCAGCGCAGGUGGGCACCACCCGUCCUGAAGCUGAAAGAAGUGCUGAGCGGCGGGACCGGGAAGCUGGGCAAGGUGUUGAGCGCGGAUGUUCGGGUGUUUGGUGGAAGUAACGAUCGUGAGAUUCUGCCAAUGGGCUUGAAGUACUUUGCACAGAAAGAGGUUGGCGGAAAUGUGAUUGUAAUCGGGUCUGGUCACGCACUCGAUUUAGUCCUGUCCGUUGUGGGAGAUCUCGAUGUGACCUCAGUUCAGUCCAAGACUCAGCUCCAGCGACCCCAAGUCCGCAUUCGAGAUCCAUCAACAGGUGAAAUCGUCGAAAACAUCACAUCGGAUGUCCCUGAUCUGUUGUCACUACAUGGCACGAUCGCGUCAUCGCCUCAAGCAGUACCUAAUGCCACCCUUUCCUACUCAUUUCGCCGCGGACAGCCUUUCCCCGGCACGCCUGCGCUAACUUGGACCAUCAACUGCGAGCAUGGCGAGGUUCGACUUGUUUCGCCGUCUACCACCUCAUUGGAGCCAGGUGCAAAUGACGAGCCUGUCACCAUCCAAGUCCACCAUUUUGACAGCGACAGCGUGGAGAAUAUUGAUUGGAACUGGAGCGACAGACACACUGAGGUUCCUAUUAUGGCCAGAAAUGUCAUGGAGUGUUUGUAUGCGUUUGCUGAUGGGCGAGCGGAAGGCGAUGGCUGGGUUGGUCUUGAGGAUGCAGUCAAACGAGCU